CUAUGGGCGGUCAGAUGUAAAUGGACUACCUGUCUGUUUACAUCCAACUGUCAUCCAAUCCGCUAGGGUGUCAAACUGGCAGCCCUCCAGCUGUUGCGAAACUACAAGUUCCAUCAUGCCUCUACCUUUGGGAGUCAUGCUUGUAACCAGGGGUGGACUGACAACUCAUGGGGCCCCCGGGCAAUAGGGGAUCAUGGGGCCCCUGUGUCCUUGCCCAAACUCAAAAAAGCCUAUGAAAAAGGUACCAGGGGCAUCUCAUGGGGCCCCCUACUGACUCCGGGCCCUCGGGCAGUGC